GCAACUUCAAUGUGAUUAAUGGUGUGCUUCGAACAGCACAUUCUCUUUUCAAAAAGUAUAGAUACGAGUUCAAAUCUCAAAAACUGUGGAUGGAAAUAAAAUAUGUACUUGAGAAAAUAGCGCAACCUCUUACCGAUCUUUUCAUUGCAACAAUAAACCUUUCCCAAACUCAUGCCAAUGAUGUAAAUGCAUUGAAAGUAAUCUAUAGUUCUUUAGUUCUCAUAUGCAAAGUGUUUUAUUCUUUAAAUUUCCAAGACUUACCAGAAUUCUUUGAAGAUAAUAUUCAAGUUUGGAUGUCAAAUUUUCACACUUUGCUUACUGUAGAGGUAAAAAGUCUUCAAAAUAAUAACAGUGAAGAAGCUGGAGUUAUUGAACAACUGAAAUCUCAAGUAUGUGAUAACAUUGCUCUGUAUGCUCAAAAAUAUGAUGAAGAAUUUCAACCUUUUCUGCAACAGUUUGUGACUGAUACUUGGAGCCUUCUAGUUGGAACCGGUCUCGAACCUAAAUAUGAUCUGAUAGUUUCAAAUGCUCUACAAUUUUUGUCGUCAGUAGCAGAACGGGCAAAAUAUAGAAGUUUAUUUGAAGACGAUACUGUUUUGAGUAGUAUCUGUGAAAAAGUAAUCAUACCUAAUAUGGAGUUUAGGG